GCAGGUGUGAUUGUAUCCAGCAGCUCGGAGGUGGAAAUAGAAGGGACGGGGAAUCAAAUUUGGGUCAGUUUGAGCAACAGGACUGCGUUGGUGGUUGCCAGGUGAGUUUUGAGUCUGAUCUGUCCGGAAGGGACUGAGAAGGAAAGCAAGGACGCACGAAGACACAAGCGUUUGGAAAAGUUACGCAGCGCAAACUGGAGAUUUUUCCACUGCGCUUCAUCAGAUCUGUUUCAAAGUGAGGUCCAGCUGAAGACCACUCAUCUGUAGCCAUGAAGAAAACUACAUACCCAGCUCGAUCAUCCAGCGCUAGACUGAGGAGAACAGAGCGGGAAACAUCCGGCAUCACCAGUCCCACACUGAAGCGGUCAUUUGAGGUGGAGGACACAGAUGCGUCCACAAACCCAUCUCCUGUGUCUCGCCGUACCACCAACCCUCUCCGCUCUUCCGCAUCCUCCUCCACGUCCAGCCAGCGGAGCUACGACCUGAGCUCCCGCAACUCGGACUACUCCUCCGCCAGAUCCACCAUCUCCGAGUCUUCCAGUCUACGUUCCCCAAAGACCGGCAUGAGGCGCAUGGAGUUAUCAGGAGGUCGCAACCCUGACGCAGCUUCAUCCCGCCGCACAGAAAUGUCCAUCGAGGUCUCGUCCAAACAGAUUGACAACUCCCCGAGCGCUGGCAUCGCCCGCUUCGGGCUCAAACGACCAGAGGUGAGCCUGAGCAGUCGGAGUAAUGCUCUGGACAGCUCUUCCAACUCUGUGAACAGGCGGGCGGAGUUCAGCAUGACAAGACCCCAUGAUCCCCCCGCCCCUCCUAGGAGGGUGGACGCCCAGCUGUCCUCCACUCCCCCCGUCUCCAGGAUCCCAGAGCCCCCUCAGAGAAGAGCAGAGCCCCCUUCUCCUCACCUCAGCCCGACUGACGGGUUGUCCAGGAGACCAGAGAUGCCCAUCUUCAGACAGCCAGACAGCUUGGCGUCAGGCAACGCAGUAGAGAACAACCACACACCACCUGCACCUGCCGCCCCUCUGCCGUCCCUGACAGAGCCACAGGUGGAGAAGGUGGUGUCACCUGCCACAGAGGUGCCCACAACUCGACCGACAGAAAGACCAGAAGUGUUUCGCAGCAACAGCAGCAGCAGUAGCAGCAGUGCCAUGUCUGAAGCGGUGGCGCCUGACACGAUUGUGUCUUCUGUGGCGUAUGGGGAGAAGGCCGGUGGUCCUGUGCUGGACUUCAGUUAUGUUGGUAUCGACGCCAUCCUGGAACAGAUGAGGAGGAAGGCCAUGAAGCAGGGUUUUGAGCUUAACAUUAUGGUUGUUGGACAGAGUGGCCUUGGAAAGUCAACUCUGAUGAACACACUCUUCAAGUCAAAAGUCAGCCGGAAGUCAGUGCUGGCUACAGCUCAGGAGAAGAUCCCCAAAACUGUCGAAAUCAAGUCCAUCAGUCAUGACAUUGAGGAGAAGGGAGUGAGAAUGAAGCUGACAGUCAUUGACACACCAGGAUUUGGAGACCAGAUCAACAAUGAAAACUGCUGGCAGCCCAUCAUGAAGUUCAUUAACGACCAGUACGAAGCCUACCUGCAGGAGGAAAUCAACAUCAACAGAAAGAAAAGGAUUCCAGACUCCAGAGUUCACUGUUGCAUAUACUUCAUCCCUCCAACCGGACACUGUCUGCGACCACUGGAUGUAGAAUUUAUGAGACGUCUCAGUAAGGUGGUCAACAUCGUCCCGGUCAUUGCCAAGGCAGAUACGCUCACACUGGAGGAGAGAGACUUUUUCAAAAAGAAGAUCAGAGAAGAGCUGCGAGCCAACGGGAUCGACGUUUACCCUCAGAAGGAGUUUGACGAGGAUGCAGAGGACAGGAUGAUUAAUGAAAAAAUUAGAGAGAUGAUCCCUUUUGCUGUGGUGGGCAGCGAUCAGGAGUACCAGGUUAACGGCAGAAGGCUGCUGGGGAGAAAGACCAAGUGGGGAACUAUUGAAGUUGAGAACAUAGCCCACUGUGAGUUUGCCUAUUUACGGGACCUCCUCAUCAGGACUCACAUGCAGAACAUUAAGGACAUCACCAGCAGCAUCCACUACGAAAUGUACCGCGUGCGGCGCCUCAACGAGAAUAACACUAUGGUGGCUCAUGCCAACGGCGUCCCAGAGCAUCACCUGACCGCCCACGAGAUGUAGACCCUCCCACCCCCACCUGCAGUUUAUUGUGUUCAGCUACGAGACUUUGAUGUUCAGUGACGAGUCUUCCCACCGCUCCAACUCCCGUCUCACAGGUGGGAUAGAAACAUGCCAGAGGGACUUUAUUUUUAAUGACUUUCUUCGACUUCAAGGACUCGACAUGUUAGUUUAUGACCUCUUUAAUGUUCUUUAUUCUCUGUUUAUGGCUGACAAAGAUGAUGAAGAGAAGCCUUUAAGUUGUGCUGCAACUUCUUACAGGUCUCAGUUUAUAUUUGCGGUGCCAAAAAUGUCUUUUCUAUCAAACAGAACAGACUCUCACUCUGUGCCUUUUUUGGCUUUAGUCACUAAUAUUUAAUGUUGUCAUUUUAUUUGUCUUAAAGGAAUUUGUGCCACAACCAAACAGUUUUCUGUCCACCUGCUUUACCAACAUGUGUGGAAACUUUUCAUCUGAUCACUACAUAAGAAAAAAAGCAUGUAGAAAUAGUGCUUUAACAUGCUUACAGUCAAACAAUGCAGCUCUUCCCGCACAACUAAGGGUUACCAAAAAAGCACAUGGUUUGAUUUUGUUUUUUUAUUUUUGUCACUACUUAGGUUUUUGCCUUAAAUGUUUUUCUCCUGUUAAAUAUAGAUGUCAGGUCUUUUUACGAUCCCAGUUAUAAAUGUUGAUGUUUAUUAAUAGAAAUAUCGUAAGCGUGAUUUUAAAAUGAAAAAGUAUUUAUGCACGUUAUAAAAUGUGAAUGUUUUUCUUCAGUUGUGGUCCACUUCUUCAAAUUACAAACCCAAACUUUCUGAAACGAGGAGUUUCCUGCUUUUUUAGGCCCACCGUAGUGCCUUAUUUAUUGGAGAAUGUUUUGCUAGCAAACUGGAAAGAGAGCGAGUUUUUGGUUCCACCGGAAAUACAUUUUUAAUCUUCUUGUGUAAGUUAUCCGGAAAACGAUCUCUUCCUUCGACCAGCCCACUUUACUUUUAUUUACCGUAAUGUACCAAGAAUCUUUGUCUCUUUCCGCCGUAUCUUAUUCCCAAAGCUGUUCGGCUCUUUUGUAUUUCUUUGUUC